AUGAACGAAGAAAUAGACGAAAGUGAAUUUUACCAUCAAGAUUUCACAACAGCCUCAGAAUGGGAAGUAUUUAUGGCCCGCAUGGAAGAAAUCAUAAACCAAUGGAAAACAGAUGAUAUGAAGAAUGAAAAGAUCACUGAUAUAAUAAAUGUGUGGGACAUUAGAAGUGAGAAAUUGACUUUUGCAGAUACAGAUUUUCUUCUACAUGCAUAUAAAAUGGAUAUAGAAACCCCAGACAAUUCAGAAAGCAGUGAUGAAAUAGAAAAACAAAAUGAUAUACCAAUAGACUCACUAUAUGAUUUUGAACUAUACAAUGAGAACAACAAUAAUGUACAUUCAUGUUUAUCAACCUGGUAUGGUCUGAAAGAAUAUAUUGUUCUUGCUCCUACUAAUAAUGUCAACAUCACAUCUGAAAACAAGAUAAAAAUUCUACUCAGCUCUGCCUACAUAGUGUCAAACAAUACCAAUUGUGGCAUACCUAUCUUUGUUCAAAUACGAGAGAGAUGGCAAAACUGUUAUCUAGGAGUUUUUGAAAAUGAAGCAAUAAGGACUAAUUUUGAAAUGGUGCAUUUGAAUAAGGGUCCACCACAGUGCUCAUACCUGAAUGGAUUACUGGACCUCUUCAAAACAAAAAUAAUGUCACCUUGCAAUAUUGAAAACAUCCUAGUAUCUGUUCAAAUGACUUACACUCUCACAGAUUUUGGUAAUUUCAUUUGGAAACAAGAACUUCUUGAAGGAGACUUUGAUACUGAAUCACUAUUCAUAUUACCAUUUGGAGUCUCUGUUGAUCCAAUCAAUUCCAUAAUUUUGAAAGCAACUUGGAGUCAUCUACCUGAUCACCUCAUCAUAGAUAGUGAGAUUUAUUCUGAUUUGGAUCCAAUUGCAGCUCCAAAAUGGUCUUGUUCAGCAAACAUUACUUAUGAACCAGUUUGUUUAUUAGGGGAAGCACUGUCAGAAUUUUUUCAAAACUUGAGCAACAAUUCCAGCAUCUACAAUGUCCUGGGAGAUUUUGCAGCAUCACUUUCUAUGGACAGUAACCCAUUAGAUUUGUUGACGGAGCCUGCAGUUCCUGCGAUUACUGCUUUGCUGAGUAGGGCAGCAAGACACUCCUUGUCCAGGAAUCGAAGAGCUAACCCACCUAUUAAUGAAUCUGUUCUGGUUCCCAUGCUGUAUUUUCUUUUUCCUGAUGCUGACGAAAAAUCUACUUAUCCCUAUGGAUGGAGAGAAGAUAAUGAAUCUCUCAAAAGGAAUGAUUCUAAUGCCAUGUGUGAAGAGGAUUUUAAAGGAUUCAAAACAGUUGCCGCUGAUUCCCUAUGCUGGCGACUAUCAAUUGUUUUGGCACAUGCGCUUCAAUCGCUUGGAGGUGUCAAAGCCUUCUGUCACGUCUGGUACGAGUUUGUGCAGGAGAUGAGGUACCGAUGGGAGAAAAGUAUGCCUAUUCCUGGGUAA